ACUGCCCAAUGUCAGGAGGUCCUGAAUCAGCUGUCAAGCCUCCUAUCUCCGGUUAGAUAAAACUCAAUAGGACCAAAGCGGUUCUUCCCAUGAAGCAAUAAGCCUGUGCUUAAACUUAUCCACGCAGUUUUCAGGUGUCCCUUUGGAAGCAUGAACUCCCUCCCUGGAAAAGCCGCUUUGUCUCUGUGCAGAGGCGCGGCUGCAGGCAGGAUGAGGGUACCGCUCGGCUCUCCGGGUCGGCCUGCGGGGGCGGUGCAGGGAGACAACACCGCUUUCCAGGCUGUGCGGGUCUGUCACUCCGGGACGAACCAGAAGUCCAACGUUUACACCAAAAAGCGCGGCUAUGACAUCACCAGGAACCCCUACCUGAACAAGGGAAUGGCGUUCACCCUGGAGGAGAGGUUACAGCUGGGCAUCCACGGCCUGAUCCCUCCCUGCUUCCUCUCCCAGGAUGUUCAAGUGCUGCGUGUCAUGAAGAGCUACGAAACCCGCACUAACCCCCUGGACAAGUGAGUGUCAGAUGUUCAUAGCAUGCAUUUCAAAGCCCUGUUUGAGAUUAAAACACUACAGAUACAGACGUUUCAUCAUUGGCUUUAUAAUUUGCUGCAUGUCGGUCUUUGUGUGUAAUUUGAUUCCACAUUUCUGUGUGUUUGCAGAGGACUCUUCAUCACCAUCCAUGACCGUGGACACAUUGCCACCAUGCUUAACUCCUGGCCUGAGGAUGACAUCAAGGCCAUCGUGGUGACAGAUGGAGAGCGCAUCCUUGGACUGGGGGACCUGGGCAGCUAUGGGAUGGGAAUUCCGGUUGGGAAGUUGGCUCUCUACACGGCGUGCGGUGGCGUUCCUCCGCAGCAGUGUCUCCCUGUGCUGCUGGACGUUGGCACCGACAACCAGGCACUUCUAGAUGAUCCUCUCUACAUCGGCCUCAAGCACAAGAGAAUCCGAGGAAAGGAGUAUGACGAGCUCAUCGAGGAGUUCAUGCAGGCCGUGACAGACAAGUACGGGAUGAGCUGCCUGAUCCAGUUUGAGGACUUCGCCAACAGCAACGCUUUUCGUAUACUUAACAAAUACAGAAAUCGAUACUGUACUUUCAACGACGACAUCCAAGGCACAGCAUCUGUAGCUGUAGCGGGAAUCUUUGCUGCCCUGAGGAUCACCAAGGACAAGCUGCUAAACCACACCUUUGUUUUCCAGGGAGCAGGCGAGGCUGCUAUGGGUAUCGCCCACCUAUUGAUGAUGGCCAUGGCCAAAGAGGGAGUAUCUAGAGAAGAUGCAGCAAAAAGAAUUUGGAUGGUGGACUCUAAAGGUCUUAUUGUGAAGGGCAGAGGCAACCUAAACCAUGAGAAAGCCGAGUUUGCCCACGAUCAUCCGCAUCUGAAGACUCUGGAGGAGGUGGUAGAAACCAUUAAACCCACCGCCAUCAUUGGUGUUGCUGCAAUCGGAGGAGCAUUCACCGAGAAGAUCAUUAAAGACAUGGUGUCUUUUAACGAGAGGCCCAUCAUCUUUGCUCUGAGUAAUCCUACCAGCAAGGCUGAGUGCACAGCAGAGCAAUGCUACAAACUCACAGAGGGCAGAGGCAUCUUUGCCAGCGGGAGUCCGUUUGACAAAGUGACCCUGGCAGACGGACGCACCUUCUUCCCCGGUCAGGGAAACAACGCCUACGUGUUCCCAGGAGUUGCUUUGGGUGUUAUAUCCUGCGGAGUUCGUCACAUACCUGAAGAAAUCUUCCUCACUACUGCAGAGGCGAUAGCUGGCAUGGUAACUGAAGAGAACCUGGCUGAAGGAAGACUUUACCCACCUCUGAGCACUAUAAGAGAAGUGUCCUUUAAGAUAGCGGUGCAGGUUGUCAACUAUGCUUACAAACACAACAUAGCUUCAGUGUACCCCGAGCCCAAGGAUAAGGAGGCGUUUGUGCUGUCACAGAGCUACAGUCCUGACUACGACUCCUUCACUCUGGAUACAUACAGCUGGCCGCAGGAGGCCAUGAAAAUCCAGGAUGUCUAAACUGUGUGUACUGCUGAGCUGUCACCUUCAGUUUCACUCCUUUUCCAGUUUGUUGUUUGAUUUUAUUUUUACUUUUCAAUAAUUGGUAGACACCUACAGGCCAAAUGGUGAGUAUUGCACUGCCCAUAAUGUCUAAGGAUUGAUUUAUUUCUAUUUUGGUACUGUACAUUAUUUUUUUUUUUUGAUCUGUUUCCAAAAGGCUAAGGUUAUAUUCUAAAAGCAUAUCAAAUAUCACACCUUUUCUCUCGUUUCUUUCUGCUAAGAUGUUGAAGGAUUGGCAGUUUCUGUGAAGUGUUGCGUCACAGUAUCUUUCAGUCCUUUGCUCUAUUGAUAGAAAGAAACAGCUGAAUCAGGUCAGGAUCUGAUUCUGUGACCUCAGAAGGUUUCCGCUUCUGCAGCUGAAAACGUGUUGUAUAAGACGUCUGCUCAGACCCUUCUUCCUGUAUGAAACUUGUUUUUUGUACUGUCCUUCAUAUUUGGUUUUGAUCAGUUUGUUCUUUGUUUGGCUCUGCAUUGCUGUCAUUUAAUUUUAACGAAGGAAGUUUUAAUUGUUUUAAUGUUUUCAGCAAAAAUAAUGGUUUAAAAGUAAUUGAACACAUCGGGGUAUAUUUGUACAACUCUGCUGUUGGUUUUCAGUCUUGUUUAAUGGAAAAGCUUCAGCUCCUUAUGUUGUACACUAAAUAAAAAAUAUUGUGCAAGCUUUAGUUCUUAGAGAUAUGCUUGAAUUUUUGGGAGAAACUAACAAUUUUUUAAAUAAAAGCCU